GUCAGAUAAUUUUACACCGUGUGUUUGUUCUCAGACAUGUCUGUCCAGGUGCGGUGUCUUUCCUUUCGUCAGCCGUAUGCUGGUCUGGUUCUUAACGGGGUGAAGACGCUGGAGACCCGCUGGAGGCCCUUACUGGCCCCGCUGGAGAACCAGACCCUGGCUGUCCACAUCGCCCGUCGAGACUGGGAGGGAGAAGAGUGGAAAGACGUUCUGUAUGGCCGGCUGGAAAUGAGUGGUUCCGAGGUGGGAGAGCUGCUGGAGUCUGGUGAGCGGUUCGGCCGCGGCGUGGUGGCAGGACUGGUGGAUGUUGGCGGAACCUGGCUUUGCCCCACCUCUCUGCCUGAGGCAGACCUGCAACAUUCUGAGCAGUCAGCUGUCCUGAUUGGUCUACAAGAUAAACACCUAACCCUGCUUUCCAACCCUCGCUGGCUGAGAGCACCACUGAGCAUUCAAGGAGGUCGCGAUGUCUGGACCGUGGAGAUCCCAGCAGAGCUGUUGCCGUGACGGCACACACGUUGAUGCCCACAGUAGCAGCUGUGAUGCUAACAGAGACACAC